AUAAUGAACAUUCCAGCCUACGUUUCAUCUAUUUUGAUCCUCGGGAGGACGUUUGACAGGAAAACAUUGAGCGCACGCGCGGACAUCCCCUCAUCAAGUAAUGAUAUACCAACUAAAUUAAUGAACAUCAACAAAUUCUCCUUUAAGUACCAAGUAGUAAAAAGUAGCCAAGAUGUCAAUAACUUACUGGACAUAUCUGGUAAGCUGUCCUUACAAAUCAAAGCCAAUCUGCUGAAAGUGGAAGGAGCAGGGCAGUAUGUUAAAGAGAACAAAGUCCAAGAAGGAAGGACGAAACUUCUGGCAGUCAUGAAAUGUACUACGCUUGUUGAGACAAUCGAAGGUUCAUUGAAAGUUAGAGAUGACGUUAGCAGCAGUGAAUUUCUUCAUUCACUUGGUACUCACUACGUAAGAAGUGUUACGUAUGGAGCCGAAAUGGUUGCCAACCUGACAUUCGAGUCAUCAUCACAGUCAUCAGGGAACCAAAUAAAAGGAAGUGCUGAAGGAAAACUAGAUGUUGGGGUUGGUGCCGAUGUAGGACUUAAGGCUGCGUUAGAAAAACUGUCAGAAGAAUGCGACGAUGUAUCCGACAUCUCCAUCAGAUAUUGCGCCACCGACGUACCAGACCAACUGCCAACCACAAUGAAGGAACUUAUGUCACUGAUUGAGAAUUUCCCUUCCCGACUGAAGAGUAUUAAUAACGGUAAAGGAAUUCCUAUGCAGUUUGAGCUUCAGCCGGUGAAUAACGUUAUUCCAAAUGUUAAGGCGCACAUACAACAGCAGGCUUUGACCUGCGAUAUAGAGGAUCUGGAAAACCGUUUUGAUGAUCUUCGAAACACCAAAGCCCUCGUUGAAGAAUACCUCGAAGACGAAGACGAAGAAGAUGAGGACGUAGAAGAAUUUUGCAGCAAGGUUAACAAACUUCAACACAAGUUUAAAGAAGCAAUUGAAACAAUGGACAGCGUGGAUGGGCCAGGCAAAAUCAAAGAAUGUAUGGAGGCAUACACGGAGGCUCUUGGAGGACGCGAUAUAAAGGGGAAAUUUACCCGUGAAUGGAAAAAGAUACUUAAAAAGAAGGUACCAGUUGCCACAAUCAAG